UGCAGAGAGAUCCAACCAAACUUACAGUUGUGCUGUCACAUUUCGAGACGAAGAAGCACUAGAUCUAACACACCAGCUAGUCAAGAAGAGCUUAGACUACACAGAGAGAGAGAGGAUGGAUAAGAUGAAUCAGGCUUUAGAGAAGAUGAAGAUGUUGGUGGGUAUGGAGGUCGAAGACGAGGAACGAGCUGCCGAAGAAGAGAGCUCUCUCUCAUUCAUGGAAGAUCUUAAUCGCAAUUGCGCUUUGACUACCAAACAGAGAUUCUAUGGAUUUGCGAUUUGCUUGUCAGCUGGCUUGGCAUGUACACUUUUGUCAAUGCUUGUUUUCUUCAAUCCGAUCAAGUUUGGCUUCACAUUCACUCUGGGAAAUUUGAUGGCGCUUGGGAGCACAGCAUUCCUUAUAGGCCCACAGAGGCAGGUCACGAUGAUGCUUGACCCAGCUCGCAUCUACGCUACUGCUCUGUAUCUUGCCAGCAUUAUCAUUGCCUUGUUUUGCGCUCUCUAUGUUCGUAACAAGCUGCUGACGCUGCUUGCUAUCAUUCUUGAGUUCUCUGGUCUAAUAUGGUAUAGCUUGAGCUACAUCCCUUUUGCGAGGACCAUGGUCUCAAAGGUGUUCAUGACUUGUUUUGACACCGAGUUUUAAGCAGCCCUAUAUACACAGAGAAUUUUGGUCCCAAGAAACCACUGUGCUCUGUUUUAAUGACUAGUCAAUGUUCAAAGCUGGACUUGUUUGAUGCACGAAGAAGAACGCUAAAAGCUCUUAUUGUCAAUGUUCUAUGGCUUAUCUUUGGAUCUCGUUUUGGUUUAUACUUGCUUCUUAACAUGAUGUCUUCACAAUUCGUAGCACAGUUUUUUGUAUGUUUUGAUGUGGAAUAUAACGUAGAUUUGGGUGUGGUUCCUUUU